GCAGAAAAAGCCGGUGGCCGGGGGUCCAGCUCAGUCUCGCUCAGGUUCCCGCCCGGCCUGGUUCCUCGCGUUCUUCACCGCCGCGGGUGAGGCCGGCUUCGCUGCAUCGGUAUCGGACCACUAGCCCUCUUCUCCUGAGCUGACGCCAUCAUGCUGCUGCCUGUGUUCACCCUGAAACUGCGCCACAAAAUCAGCCCCCGCAUGGUGGCCGUAGGGCGCUACGACGGGACUCACCCGUGCCUGGCGGCCGCUACCCAAGCAGGCAAGGUUUUUAUUCACAACCCUCAUACGCGGAGCCAGCAUUUCAGUGCAUCCAGGGUCUUCCAGAGCCCCCUGGAGUCUGAUGUUUCACUUCUCAACAUUAACCAGACAGUCAGCUGCCUGACUGCAGGAGUACUGAACCCUGAACUUGGCUAUGAUGCUCUUUUAGUGGGGACACAGACUAAUCUUCUGGCUUAUGAUGUCUACAAUAAUUCAGAUUUGUUCUACAGAGAGGUAGCAGAUGGGGCCAAUGCAGUUGUGCUGGGGACGUUGGGAGACAUUUCCUCUCCUCUCGCAAUUAUUGGUGGAAGUUGUGCUCUGCAGGGUUUCGAUUAUGAAGGAAAUGAUCUCUUUUGGACGGUUACUGGAGAUAAUGUUCAUUCCUUGGCCUUGUGUGACUUUGAUGGUGAUGGGAAGAAAGAGCUUCUUGUUGGAUCUGAGGAUUUUGAUAUCCGAGUUUUUAAAGAAGAUGAGAUUGUGGCAGAAAUGACAGAAACAGAGAUAAUCACCUCUCUUUGUCCCAUGUAUGGCAGUCGAUUUGGUUAUGCCCUUUCCAAUGGCACAGUUGGAGUUUAUGACAAAACAGCCCGAUACUGGAGAAUUAAGUCCAAAAAUCAUGCCAUGAGCAUUCAUGCUUUUGACCUUAAUUCUGAUGGAGUGUGUGAACUGAUAACUGGUUGGUCCAAUGGGAAGGUUGAUGCUCGAAGUGACCGAACUGGGGAGGUCAUCUUUAAGGACAACUUUUCUUCUGCAGUUGCUGGUGUGGUGGAGGGAGAUUACCGGAUGGAUGGCCACAUACAGUUAAUCUGCUGCUCGGUGGAUGGGGAAAUCCGGGGCUACCUGCCAGGCACGGCUGAGAUGAGAGGGAACCUCAUGGACACCAGCGUAGAGCAGGACCUGAUCCGAGAGCUGAGUCAGAAAAAGCAGAACCUGUUGCUGGAGCUCCGGAACUAUGAGGACAAUGCCAAGGCCGAACUGAGCAGUCCACUGAAUGAGGCUGAUGGGCAUCGGGGCAUCAUCCCGGCCAACACCAAGCUCCACACUGCCCUCUCCGUCAAUCUGGGGAGUGAGGCGCAGGCUGCCCAUGCAGAGUUGUGCAUUUCCACUUCUAAUGAUACCAUCAUCCGAGCAGUAUUGAUUUUUGCAGAGGGAAUUUUUCUAGGUGAAAGCCACGUGGUGCAUCCCAGCAUUCACAACCUUUCCAGCUCCAUCCGCAUCCCAAUUACACCUCCCAAAGAUGUCCCUGUGGAUCUGCACUUGAAAACCUUCGUGGGUUACAGGAGCAGCACCCAGUUUCAUGUGUUUGAGUUGACAAGACAACUCCCCCGUUUCUCCAUGUAUGCGCUCACCAGCCCGGACUCUGCCAGUGAGCCGCUCAGUUACGUCAACUUUAUCAUUGCAGAACGGGCACAGAGGGUUUUUAUGUGGCUCAACCAGAACUUUCUGUUACCAGAGGACACUAACAUUCAGAAUGUUCCAUUUCAAGUGUGUUUCACGUCCUUACGGAAUGGUGGCCAGCUGUGUGUAAAAAUAAAACUUAGUGGAGAGAUCACUAUAAAUACUGAUGAUAUUGAUUUGGCUGGUGAUAUCAUCCAGUCGAUGGCAUCAUUUUUUGCUAUUGAGGACCUUCAGGUCGAAGCCGAUUUCCCUGUCUAUUUCGAGGAAUUACGAAAGGUGCUAGUUAAGGUGGAUGAAUAUCACUCAGUGCAUCAGAAGCUCAGUGCUGACAUGGCUGAUAAUUCUAAUCUGAUCCGAAGUUUGCUGGUUCGAGCCGAGGAUGCUCGUCUGAUGAGGGACAUGAGAACAAUGAAGAAUCGCUAUAUGGAACUAUAUGACCUUAAUAAAGACUUGCUCAAUGGAUAUAAAAUUCGCUCUAACAAUCACACAGAGCUGUUGGGAAGCCUCAAAGCAGUAAAUCAAGCGAUUCAAAGAGCAGGUCGUCUACGUGUUGGAAAACCAAAGAACCAGGUGAUCACUGCUUGUCGGGAUGCGAUUCGAAGCAACAACAUCAACACGCUGUUCCGAAUCAUGCGGGUGGGGACAGCUUCUUCAUAGGAGAGGAAAAUAGGUAACUAGGUUGCUAGAAGGGGUUUUUCCUUAAACUUCUAGGCUGGUUUGCUUUGGAUCACAUCCUGGUGAACCCAAGGUGCUGAGAGCAAAAACCACCUUGGUCAGUUGUACAGAUGAAAGACAAAGCGUUGCAUCUGAAAAGUAUAUUCACUUUCUUUCUUUUAAAAUCAGUAGUACUGUUGCAGAAUACACUAGGUUUGUAUGGAGGGAAAUGAAUACUUUUGAAACAUUAGGGCUUCAAAGUCCAGUUUUUCUGUAUGUAUGUAAAGUCAGUGUGUAGAUGCAUCUUUUUUCUUGAAAUUGUAAUUAAAGUAGAUGAUCUACUUUUUCAUUAAAA